ACUACACUUCCCAGAAUUACCGAGGUUCUCCCCCCAACUCUCGCGAUAGAUCUGAUUUUUCUUUUUUCUUUUUUUUUUGAGGCGUGAAGGGAUGAUCUCCCAUACGAGGCUACUGUACAUCAGUGAGUAGUUGAACUUGAAGCUCUGGACAAUAUGGCUGAGCCAAUUAGAGUUCUGGUGACUGGCGCUGCAGGGCAGAUUGCCUACUCGCUGUUGUUCAGCAUUGCCAAAGGAGAUGUCUUUGGUAAAGAUCAGCCAAUCACUCUGCUCCUCCUGGAUAUUCCACCCAUGAUGACUGUCCUGGGGGGUGUUGUCAUGGAAUUGCAGGACUGCGCCCUCCCUCUUUUGAGAGAAAUCGUGGCCAGCGACGAAGUGAAAGUGGCCUUCAAGGACCUGGACGCCGCCAUCUUGGUAGGCUCAAUGCCCAGGAAGGAGGGCAUGCAGAGGAAAGACCUGCUCAAAGCCAACGUGGCCAUCUUCCAGACUCAGGGAGCAGCCCUGGACAAGUACGCCAAGAAGACCGUCAAGGUUCUGGUGGUCGGAAACCCAGCAAACACCACCUGUCUGAUUACAAUGAAAUCUGCUCCCUCCAUUCCCAAGGAGAACUUCUCAUGCCUCACCCGCCUUGACCAUAACAGGGCCCGGUCACAGGUUGCGAUGCGCUGCGGCGUCCCUGCCACCCACGUCAAGAACGUGAUCAUCUGGGGCAACCACUCGUUCACACUGUACCCGGACGUGCACCACUGCAAGGUUAACAUGUUCGGCAACGAAGUGGACUGCUUCGACGCCGUCAAGGACGAGGCCUGGCUGAAAGGGGAUUUCAUCACUACGGUGCAGCAGAGAGGCGCUGCUAUCAUCCAGACCAGAAAGCUGUCCAGCGCCAUGUCUGCAGCCAAGGCCAUCUGUGACCACAUGAGGGACAUCUGGUUCGGCACCCCGGAGGGUGAGUUCAUUUCCAUGGGUGUGUACUCUACGGGCAACACAUACAAAGUCCCAGAUGACCUCAUCUACUCCUUCCCUGUCCAAAUCAAGAACAAGACCUGGAAAAUAGUGGAGGGACUGGCCAUCAACGACUUCUCCAAGGCCAAGAUGGAGGCCACAGCCACAGAGCUGAUAAAUGAGAGGAACACAGCUAUGGAGUUCCUGGCCAAGUGACUACGUUUAGAUGCUCGCCUGUGACAAAACACUCCCUUCACUGUCAUUAUGUUCCUCUUUUGCGUGUGCAUAUGAAGGAGAUGUAGUGUGUUUUCUUGCUACUUUGGGAGGGGUAAGCGGACGCUUUGGUACUAAAAUGGAUCCCAAUUGCACUUGGCUGGCUUAGUUGCUGCUCUGCAGAUGUGCACUCUUUAAAUGUUACAAACACAACAGCUUCACUUUUGGUUUGGUUUCUUUGACUUUCAGGUUCUAUCAGCCAUUAGAUGACAUCUCACUUUGAAUGUGGCAUGUUGAAAUGUAGCCUACAAAACAUGAGGUCAUGUGAUUCAUGCUGCAAAAAGCAAAGCCCUGUGAAGGAUAUGAUUUAUGGUCUACUAUGGGGGUCAUGUUUUCCAUCUCUCCUGCUCCAAAACACCUGAUUCAAAUGGUCACAUGUUUUCCAGCUUCUGUAGACCUUGCUGAUCAUCUGAGCUGUGGCCGAUAGCAGCUCUUGGAUGAAUGUGAAUUAUGUUACCGCCUGCGGGUAUAGUGCAAAAUAAAGAGCUUCUGCAAUAGUGCCAUCCUUUAAAUACAAA